GGGCACGUGCCUCAGUAAAAAGGGGCUAGCGACGCCGAUGCAAUAGCCUCACUGUACAUUCAUAGACGCUCUGGUCUCAGUAUUUGUCAUGCUAAUGUGUUAGCUCUCUCUUCCAGGCUUUGCUACAGAAUACUACUUUUCCCAGAAGUCUGAGUUGUCGCUUAUGAUCACGUGAGUUUGAAUAAAACGCCAACACGUGGGUUUCCUCCCUCCGUGUUGUUGGUUUCCUCUUGAAGGUGAAUCGUCUAGCUAGCGUGUCCCACCGGCCUCCAAACAAAUUAAGCCAGAAGAUGUCAACUGUGUGUGCAGCUAGCGUGGAGCCUGCUGCUCCUGUGACUGAGGCCACAGAGCAGAAGAAGCCACUGAAACCAUGCUGUGCUUGUCCAGAGACAAAGAAAGUCAGGGAUGCUUGUAUCAUUGAAAAGGGAGAGGAGAGCUGCACAGACCUGAUUGAGGCCCACAAAGAUUGCAUGAGGGCACUUGGAUUCAAGAUUUAACUACUCCAUUGUGUGUGUGUGUGUUUGUGCUGUGGAAGACUAUCCUGGAUACCCCACCGCCGUCCCCCCCCCCCUUUUAUACCUCAACUGGAAGGGACAUGUGGUGAUGCACUUAAUGGCUCUGAUGGGUUUAUUGUCUUUCUGUGAAAUUGUUUUUUAACGUCUUCAGAAUUUGAGAAAUAUGUGUAUCUAAAAUUUAAUAAAAGUCCUAUGCAAUA